AUGGUUCACAAUGGCGGCGAAACCAAAGCACUUUAAACUUUUGAUUUUAAGUUGGUUACAUGUAACAUUUUAUCCAUCUGACACGUUUACCGAUGCCACAGAUUUGAUAUGGGAUGAAAAUGGAUACAUUGUUUACUGUCCAUGCAUGGGUCGGUUUGGAAACCAGGCGGACCAUUUCCUUGGGUCGCUGGCCUUUGCAAAAAUGCUGAAUCGAACAUUGGUGGUUCCCCCCUGGAUCGUUUACCGGCAUCACGCGCCCCCGUACACAAACGUGCACGUCCCCUACACUGAAUUUUUCCAGUUGGAUCCACUGAAGCAGUACCACCGAGUGGUGGCUCUGGAGGACUUUAUGCACCAUUUGGCCCCCACACACUGGCCGCUGGGACAGAGGACAGCAUACUGCUUUGAGUCUUCUGUCCAAAGGAGUGCUGAUAAGAAGAGCUGCCCAAUGAAGGAUGGGAAUCCGUUUGGUCCGUUCUGGGACCACAUUGGGGUGGACUUUGACCACUCUAUCCCAUUUGGUGGCCUGUUUUUCACCUCCAACUACAUACCACACUGGAUGAAAAGGUUCCCCCCUGCAGAGCACCCGGUGUUGGCUCUAGCUGGAGCCCCAGCCCAAUUUCCUGUGCUGGAGGAACAUGUGGGUCUGCAGCGCUACGUGGUGUGGGCCAAGAGGAUGGUGCAGGAUGGGGAGAAGCACAUAAGCGCAGAGCUCCUCAGACCCUACGUGGGCAUCCACCUUCGCAUCGGCUCAGACUGGCAAAACGCUUGCAACCUGCUGCAGUCAGGAGAGGCGGGUCCUCACCUCAUGGCAUCUCCGCAGUGCGUUGGCUAUGACCGUCAGACUGCACUCCCUCUCACCUUCACCAUGUGUCUGCCCGACCUGGCAGAGAUCCUGCGUGCCGUCAAGCUCUGGGUGAAAAAGACACACGCUCAUGCUGUCUUCAUAGCCACCGACUCCGAGUCCUACAGCUCAGAGAUCGAGAAGCUCUUCAAGGGCAAGGUCAAGGUGGUCAGUCUUCGUCCGGACAUGGCUCAGCUUGACCUGUACAUCCUGGGUCAGGCUGACCAUUUUAUAGGCAACUGUGUGUCCUCCUUCUCCGCAUUCGUGAAGCGGGAGAGGGACGUUCAUGGCAGACGCUCCUCCUUCUUUGGGAUGGAUUACCCUGGGAGAAAGAAGGGAAAAGAGGAACUUUAGCAAGCGGCUCGGGCCGCUUUGUUCUUGACCACGAAGGUUUACCUGUCCAGAGAUCUCAGGUGAUUGGUUUGUGUUUACAGAAGAGUGGGGUUAUGUUGUUGCAGUUAAGUACAGAGUAGAGGCACAGUAAGUUCAGGAUGCCUUUGUUUAAACACUACAAACUAAUAGUCUCACUCUGUAGCUCUUAUUUUCCAAAAAAAUAAAAAGAUUUAGAGAAUUCCAUCAUGGUUGUCUGGGAAAAACAUUACCAGUGUCUGUGUCUAGUUUCAGGUUUUUUCCGCAAGAAACAUCUCACUGUACAUUCCUUGCAGUGAAAAGCAUAGCUGUAAGCUUCCAAGGUGUAUCACAUUUUCCAGGCAAAAUAGAGCAUUCCAGUAUAGUUGUAAAAACAUCUCCCAUACACAGUAUUCUCCCCAUAUACAUGUUAGUCUUCUUUUGCUUACCUGAUAGAGCAGGUGGAGCAAUGUGUUUGGAACAUCAGGGAUAUGGGUUUGAUUUCCUGGAAGCACACACACCCUGUCAUACUGAUAAAAGUCACUCUGGAUAAGAGCACCUGCCAAAUGCUGCAAACAUAAAUACAUUUGCAGUGUACUGCUAGUAUACCACCCAAUAAUGUAUUCUUUGGCAAGUUUUGCUUUUAGGUGCUAAAUGAAUGGGUUCCCCAACAGUAAGUUUGUGUAUAAACCACAAAUAUUAUGUAAAAAAACCCCAAAAACUAUGUAUUGUUUUUCAGCAUAUCAGCCAAAUGAUGAAGAGAUGUCUCUGCUGAGCUGUGAAUGUGACUAAACUAUGGUGGCAGUAGCAGCCUGAUAUGAAAUUGUGAUUAGAUGUGCUGCAAGGCUACAUCUAUCUAGAUCCACUUGUCCAUGUCCACAUCAGUAGCGUUUAAUGAUUAAAAAAGCAAGAUGCAAAGGUAGCAUUUGGUGUUGUGGGUUAGUCCUCAUGGAAAAUGAUGCCUGUCAGGGGUGAAGUAAAUGAUCCUCUGGAUGCUAAUUAUAGUGAGGUGGGGAGACCGAAUUAGUCUGUUGGUUAGUGUUCAUUCAAACAAAUGCGCAUGCUACCAGAAAGCUUGUGAAGGACCCAUGGCCUCACAAUUGUGGAAGAAAAAUGCUGGCUCAGUCCUGAAAGGUGUCAGAAUUGUAUGGCUUGUCUGUGCUUUAGGAGACGAUGAGACAAAGUUUUAGAUUUUUAGUGUUUGAGGUGUGUGGUAGUGUAUGUGGUAGUUUCAGUUUUAACCAAAGGUCAGUUUUUAGCAUUCCUCUGUGAUGGUUACCAACAGAGUUUUGAUAGAAGUAGCUGCUCAUAGAUUUUUUUUUAACCAUAUAUGCUUUUUUUUUCCCAUUGUCUGUCUGAACAAAAAUCUUGUUUGUUUUUUUUUUAUUUUCAAUGACAAAAGUUCCAGCACUAGUACCCCAUGUUGAGUUGCCUUCAGACGCAUCAUUCCAUGUCAACAUUCAGUCUUUAUGAAGGGGAAAAUAAGUAAAAAAAAAAAAUUAAACAUU